GUACAAAAUCCAGUGAUUAUGCCGAGAAAAGGCAGGCCAGCAGGGUGGAUUAAAAGCUCUACAGAAAUUCAAGACAAAAAAUUAAAGCGAAUUGGUGUAUUACAUUCAGAUAUUAACCUUAAUGUUAAUAAGAAUGUCUUAGAAGCGAGCAUAAUUAAAGACAACAGGAAAACAU